AUGGGCGUUCUCCGACAGAACCCCGUUGGCUACAAAUGGCGCUCUUCCAAAUGGUUUAUCAUUUCUACUAUCACUCUCGCUUUGUUUGGUGAAACCUUCCUAUACGCAUUCAUCGUCCCUAUUUUAGACUACAUGUUACGAACUCGCCUGCAUAUCGAUCGCUCCAAGACUCAGAAGGUUACCUCUACAGUACUCGGUCUCCAUGGCGCUAUCUCCAUCGUCGCUGGUCCCAUCAUUGGCCAUUUCGCCGAUAAAAACCCAAACCGCAAGACACCAUUGUUGCUCUCUCUUUUCGCCUGCAUCAUUGGCACCCUUAUGAUGGCUGGCACCCAUUCGAUUCCGAUCCUCUUACUCGGCCGCGUCCUGCAGGCAGUUGCAGGAUCCGCAGUGUGGAUCAUCGGUUAUGCAACUAUCGCAGAUACGGCGGAUCAGGCGAAUCUCGGUAUGAUAAUGGGGAUUGCAAUGUCAUUUAUCAACCUAGGAGUCGUCGGUGGGCCUGCAGUCUCCGGGUUGUUACUAGAAGUGGCGGGGUAUUGGAUAACUUGGAUGGUGCCGCUCCUCAUUUUGGCCAUCGACCUUGUCGCGCGCCUUUUGAUGAUUGAGAGUCCGUCGAAGAGUUUUCCUUCUGAUACCAAGUCCACCGAGACAGCAGAAAGGGCAGACUCAACAGAGACUACGGGUCUGCUGCCCGCGCAUGGCGAUCCCCAAGCCCAAAGUUCAUCCACCGCGGGCUUUUGGCGCAUUAUGUUAUGCGAUGCUCGCGUCCUGACUGUUCUGCUCAUUCAGAUAAUGAGUAUAACGGUGGGAACGUGCUUCAACGCGACUAUUCCACUUCAUGUACAGGAAACAUUUGGAUGGGGUCCCAGCAAGAUUGGAUUCCUGUUCUCCUGCUUGGUCCUGCCCAGUCUUUUGAUCAGUCCCCUUGCAGGCUGGACCCGGGACCGUGUCGGAACACGAGCUCCUGCCGUAAUUUCCUUGGUUCUUCAGGCGGCAAUGUUGGUACUAUUAGGUAUUGCUGGAAAUGAGCGAAUUCCCUGGGCGAGUGCUCAGAAGCAUGGCGGAACACUUUACAUAGCAUCCAUCCUAGCUAUGGGUGCAUUUCGUCCUUUUAUGGCAGGCUUAGGGCCUAUUGAAUUAACUGCUGCUGUCAAGGCCCACCAAGAAAAGACCCCAGGCAUCUUUGGACCUGAGGGAGGACUUUCCAGGGUAUUUGCUCUGUUGGAGGUUGCUGCUUCUGUCGGAAUGACAAUCGGUCCAAUUGCGGGUGGGUCGCUCAAGGAACUCCUUGGUUAUGACUAUAUGAAUUGGACUUGGAGUCUGCUUUAUCUCUUCCUUGCCGGGCUUGUCAUGUGCUUCUUAGGAUCCGAAGAUCCCAAAGAAAUGCCUCCUGCUGAUGGAGACUGCUAG